AUGUGGAACCCAUUCUCCCAUCAUCGGAGGUUUGCCCUCCACAACAGAACACCUUCAAAUUGCUGUAUUCCUUUGAAAAUUUCACUGAUUGGUCUCAUGUGUGCCAUGAUGAUAACCAUGUUAAUGAUAAAUGAUAAUGUGUUAUGUAUUUAUACGAGCAAAUCGUUUUCGAUCUCUCCCGGAACUCAAUCUAAUGUAAUAGACUUAGAAAGCUCGGGAUUUGGAUUUUUGAAUGGAGGAACCAUGAAAGUAAAUAUAACCACAAAAUCCUCAGCCGAUUCUUCCAAUCUUGUAUUCGUCAUGAUACCUUUCAGUUUUUGGUUUGUGCUCAAUUCUGCAAAAUGGGACACCGAUGCAAUUUAUACACAGUAUCUAUGUGAUGUGCCUUCAACUUUGAGAGUUCCAGUUACAUCUCAAAAUAGUGAUGCUAUUCUAUCGUCACCCAGCAUUGGAAACGUUGGAAAUUUAGAGAUUUCAGAUCAAACCUUCUCAAUUUCGAAAUCUAUUGUGGUUGACUCAAGUACACAUUAUUCUUUUUUACUGCUGAAAUGCGAUCCUUAUAGUCCGAAAACAGACAUUAAUGUCAAAGUUGAUCUAGAGCUAAUUAAUCCAAAUGGACAACAUUUGAGCACGCAAAAACAUCCUUAUAUUUUACUUUUCUUUGUUCUCAUGGUUGCUCAUGGUGGAUUACUUAUUUAUUUAUUAUUUUUCUUUUUGAAAAGUAGAAGACAUAUUUAUCGCCUUCAAAUACUUAUUGCUGUUGGAAUUGUGUUACAAAUUAUCAGUUAUUCUUCUGUAUUUACAUAUUUUGAAUACAUGAACGUAAUUGGACAAAUUUCGGACGCUUUGGAUAUUACACUCUCUGUGAUUGGAACGUUUGGAGAAACAUCUUUCUUAUUAAUAUUAUUUUUGUUAUCACUAGGAUAUUCUAUCACAGACGAGGGAAUGAAUCCUAAAGUCAGGUUAUUAUUUUCUGCCUGUUUUAUAGGAUACUUUGGUUCAAGAUUGCUCUAUGCUUUCUGUAAUGGAUCUUCUAUUUGCUACAUUUUCUUCCUUUCGUUCAAAUUACUCAAAUUUGUCAUAACAUUUGGAGCUAUUAUUGCAAUGAAUCAAACGAUUGACAAGCUCAGAAUUCAAUCAGCAGAACAACAAUUUAGCAAUGACAAUCAAAGUGAGGUGUUCAUCAAAAUGAAGAAGUACAAAGCUUUUCGUUGGGCAUUUCUACUUUAUCUGAUUGGUCCUGUAAUUUCUCUAUUCAUACAAUAUACUGUGAUCACGUGGGUCAAUUAUUGGGUUUUGACAAUGGUCGAAGAGGCCUUGGUGUUUUAUAUUAAUUAUUUCAUUGUCAAAAACUUUUAUCCACAACCUUUCAAUGUACCUAGAACCCAUCAGGACUAA